UGGCUGGUUUUUUAUCAGUAUUGUACCAGUAGUUAUCGCGUCACGGUGUGUUCCGCGGUUGUGAACGAACAUUUUUACGUAAAUAUAAUGUUUUAGUAGUGUAACAAUGGCUGUGGACAGGUUAAUAUGGAAGAUUAUACUGGACUUCUUCGUUUUAGCGUGCGCAUCGUUCCCGCUGCUCGCGCUGAUCCUAUGGGUGACGCCGUUCCAGCGCGGCUUCUUCAUCACCGACCCGUCCAUCAGACUGCCGUAUAAGGAGCAAAUGAUCUCUGUGGGGACUCUCGCGGGAAUCGGCUUUGCUUUCAUGGUGGCUACGAUCCUCAUAAUCGAGAUAGUUCGAGACCGACAAGGGAAGGGUAUCGGAGAGAAGUUCCUCUCCGGCUGCGUGGUGCCAGGCUGGGUGUGGGAGAGCUACCACGCGAUAGGAGUCUUCACCUUUGGAGCAGCCUGCCAGCAACUCACCUCGGACCUGGCUAAGUACGUCAUUGGAAGAUUGAGGCCGCAUUUUUAUGAGGUGUGCAACCCGUCCUUCAACCUGAACGCCACAGCGAACGCUCUCGGCUACAUCCAAGUAUACACAUGCACGGGAUCUGAUGACGCCAAGAUCAAGGAGGCGCGCCUCUCCUUCCCCAGCUCUCACGCCAGCUUCGCUAUGUACUGCGCCAUAUUCUUCGUUUUCUACGUGCAAGUGAAAGGCAAAUGGCGCGGCUCGAAGCUGCUGCGCCACGGCGUGCAGUACGCGGCCGUGCUCGGCGCGUGGUACGUGGGGCUGUCGCGUGUCGUCGACCACAUGCAUCACUGGAGCGACGUCGCCGUCGGCUUCCUUAUCGGCGCUGUCUAUGCUUGUAUAGUGUUCGUCUACGUGCUGAAACCAAAGAAGUAUGGUCUGCCAGUAUCCUGGGACGAGCCCCAAGUCCCCACCAACACGCUGCCCAGGGCUGUUCUAGCGCGAUGACCAGAAGCCUUCUGAACAAUAUAGCUUAAAAAUUGUAGACUACACUAAAUAAUAUUAUAAAGCUAAUGAGUUUGUUUGUUUGUCUGUCUGAACUAUAGGAUUGUAUUGAAAAAUUAUUUCAGUAUUACAUGGCCUAUUUAUCGAAGAAUGCUAUGGGACUUUUAACCGUAUGUGUGCAGAGUAGUUCUGAGAUAAAACCGACGGCAGAAGCUAGUUCAGUGAUAUAUGAAAAAUUUUGCUAUGGUUAAUAAGAUUUCAUCUCAUUCGCUCCAAUAGUGCAAUAAGAAUUUAAGCUAUGGAAAUAAAAUUGUUUUUGCAACGCCUAGAAAAAACUUAGAUAUUGUUUGUUGAAAUAAAAAAGCUCGGUUUGGUCUCGGUUUGGUUUGGUUUGAGUUUAUUUCAUAAAUUAAAUAACUAAAAAAACGGCUUUAUUGCAGCUUUUUUGUUAAGAGUGUGGAUCACUUUAAAAACAUAAACUAUAUUUAAGUAAGUACAAAUUAGGAAAAACCAAUUUGUUACUAAAAUAUAACAGCUAAGCAAUAAUGUAACACAUUUUUAUGCCAGUCUUUAUUUGCGUCAAUAGAAUUUCAUGAUUCUUUAAAAAAACAAUGUAAAUUAAUUACUUUUCCUAACAAUUGCGAGCCAAAUAAAUGUUUAAAAAGUAUUUAUAAGUAUAGCUAAAGUAGGUUUAAAAUAAUAUUUAUCAAAGAUAAAAUGAGUCUUAAGUGGCAGUAAAUAAAAUCGCUUUUUGACUGAAAUGAGUGAGAUGUACUUACCUAUUUAGAAAGAAUAAAUUACAGGGAAAUAUAUUAAGGAAAAAAAUAACAUUCCAGUCAAAACAGAAACACUAUUUUCUUAACUGUAGAUCACAAUGUAGAAUUUAAGUAGAAUUAUUUAUUUUGUACAAUAAAACAUAUUUUUUGAAGCUACCUAUGUCAGUUUUGUAUGAUGAAUGUUAAAAUAAAUAAAGAAAUAAGAUAUUUUUUA